CUCUCGAUUCCCACAGACCGCCGCGCUGCCGGCUGCCCGUGAAGAGGGGGCCCACCCAAGACAGAGACACAGAGACAGGGACAGAGACAGAGGGACAGACAGUGAUCACGAGGAGAGAGACAGGCAGGCAUCAAGAAGGAGAUCAGCGUGGCCGCGAUGAGGCGAUCGGUGGACUGAGGCUCGGGGACAGGGCAGGGUCCGAGGGGGGUACUACAGGAAGCGAGAUGCCCCUAGAGGAUGAGGAGGAGGGGCGGCGCACCUGGGGCGAGGAGCGCAGAAGGGGCAGCGGACGCAGCGGGCGCAGCGGACGGACGAGGAUGCGGCUCCGAAGAGGGCGACAGCGGCGGACCGCGGCGCUCGUGGUGGCGCUCGCGCUGCGACUGCAGGCGGCGUGGGCAGUUGGUACAUUUGAGGUGCAGAUCCAUCAGGUGCAGAACGCCUACGGACUCCUGCAGGACGGCGAGUGCUGCGACGGACGUUCCGUCGGGGGCUCGCGCUGCUCCCCGAGCGACCAGUGCGACACCUUCUUCCGCGCGUGUCUCAAGGAGUACCAGGUCCGUGUGGCCCCCACCGGUACCUGCACCUUCGGGACGGGCAGCACUGCUGUCCUGGGCGGGAACUCCUUCUCCUUGCGCCACCAUGGUCACGGUGGAGGUGGAGAGAACAGCAGCGGCCGCAUAGCGAUCCCCUUCAAGUAUGCCUGGCCGAAAUCCUUCUCUCUUGUGCUUGAGGCCCUGGACCAUGAUAAUGAGACCUCAGAGUCAGCCCAGGAGGAGCUGAUCGAGCGGGUUCUGCUCUCCUCCAUGCUGAACCCGGGCGAGCAGUGGCAGACUUUCCGGCAUCACGGACGCCAGCUGAGCCUGGAGUACCGUCUGCGCUUUCGCUGCGACGCUAAUUACUACGGCCCCCUUUGCAACAAGUUCUGCCGCUCCCGCGAUGACUUUUUCGGCCAUUACAGCUGCGACGCCGGGGGCAACAAGGUCUGCAUGGAGGGCUGGACGGGAACCGAGUGCCUGGAGGCUGCGUGCAGACAGGGGUGUCACCGAGUUCAUGGCUUCUGCAGCCUGCCCGGAGAGUGCAAGUGCCACUACGGCUGGCAGGGGCCUCUCUGCGAUCAGUGCGUCACGUUCCCGGGCUGCGUCCACGGCAGCUGUACCGAGCCCUGGAAGUGCGUGUGCGACACCAACUGGGGUGGUCUGCUGUGCGACAAAGACCUGAACUACUGCGGGACCCACCAGCCCUGCAAGAAUGGGGGCACCUGUGCCAACACCGAACCCAAUGAAUACCAGUGCCUGUGCCAAGAAGGUUUCCGUGGACGCAACUGCGACAUCGUCGAGCACGCCUGCUUGUCAAACCCUUGCAAAAACGGAGGCACCUGUGUUGAGGACCCCUCAGGCUUCAGCUGCAUCUGCGCAGACGGCUGGACCGGACAAACUUGCGCACUGGCUAUGCAGCCCUGUGCCUCCGACCCAUGUGGCCGAGGGGCGACCUGCCAAGAGCUCCCCCAGGGGUUCCAGUGCUUGUGCCCACCUGGGUGGUCCGGUAGGACGUGCCAGCUAGAUACUAACGAAUGUGAGGCGGGGGUGUGUGUCAAUGCACGUGUGUGCCGCAACCUGAUAGGGGGAUACCUCUGCGACUGCCUGCCAGGCUGGACCGGGCCCAGAUGUGACAUCAGGAACACCAGCUGCCAGAGCAGAUGUUUGAACGGGGGUCACUGUGAGGACUCUCCGUCUGGCUUUAAAUGCCACUGCCUUCCAGGAUUCUCUGGGAAGCUCUGCCAGGUGGGGCCCAGUGCCUGCGACAGCUCCCCCUGUCUGCACGGAGGACAGUGCCUGGAGCUCCAAUCAGGCGGUGUGCUGUGCCACUGUCCGCUGGGCUACACAGGCCUGCACUGCGAGGUCGCCAUGGACGAGUGCGAUCCUAACCCCUGCCAACAGGGGGUGCCCUGUCACACCACUGAGGGAGGAUACGUGUGCGCUUGCCCUGAGGGUUACCACGGCAGUGAAUGCAUGACCCUUAAGGACCCCUGUCAUGGGCAGCAUUGCUCGGGUGCCAUGUCGGACCCGGGAGGGGGCGGCAUCAAUUUCUACAUGGUACUGGUGGGUGUUCUCGCACUGCUCACUGCUGCUGGAUGCCUGGGCUGCGUCCUGCUGCUCUCCCAGCUGCAUAAGCAGCGCCAGAAGCAGCAGACGCAGCAGACGACGCAGGACGAAGGCAUCAACAACCAGCGCGAGUGCGUCACUCUCAUCCGCAACCUGGACCGCACCGUGCCGCUGAAGGCCGCCAGGCCCGCCUCCCCGACGCCGUGUCUCUCCGAGGAGAUUGAACUGACCCACCCCCCGUCUCCUGCCCCGACUGGCCCGGACCCGACCCUAAAGCCCACCCGGGGCGCCAAGCUCGACAUCUCCAACCGCGAAAGGGAGAAGCUGAACCGUUUCCACUACGCCGACAGUCAGGAACUGGAGGUGUGACUGCAGGACGCCACUGCUGACCCCAGGCCUGUCAGUUGCGUUGCUGCAGCUCUGAGGCGGCCCCCGAGAUUAACUCUGAGCUCCGACUCCAGCUGAACCUCCAAGUGGAUGCGGUCGUCAUCGAGGGGUGAACGGCAGAGUUCCGGAAAGUGACCUGGGGGCGACCCUCCAUCCCAGGCUGGCCCCUGAUUGUACAAUGUCAAUGUCAGCGGCAGAAUAUCUCCUGAACGGAACUCUGACCUCACACUGACCUGAACUUCUUUUGUCCACAUCCAGGGCUGUCCAUUUGUGUCCAUCUUUGUCUGCUUGGGCUCAUGUGUGGGAGGGUGGCAGUGUGGAGCAGGAUUUUCCCUGGGCUGGAAACAGCUUGUGCCUCCCUACAUGUCCCCUCCUCCCCUGUGGCUCUUCAUGUUCAUAGUUGCCCCCCCCGGAGUACGGUAUGGGACGGUCUAACCCUACAAAGGGACAGAGUUAGUAUGCUGAAGACCCUCCUGCUGCGACAGUGGGAUGCAGAUGAGGAGGGCCUGGGAGGUGGAGCAGCCAAGCUUCUAGCUCCACUCUGCUCAGUCGACUGUUGGAGGAACAUCCCCACAGGGUGUGUGUGUCCCUCCUGCUGUGAGCAGGCCGGCACGUCCAUGCGGGUGCUUUCCCUCGGCUGUGAGAGGCUUGGUUUGACAGGCCCCGCUAGUUUGCCAGCUGCACAAAGCAUUGUCCUUUAAGCUGGGGUUGAUUCGGUAGACAAGUCCUGUCCGCCCAGAGGUCCGGCCCAAGGCUUUGACCUCUGGCCCCAAUCCAAAGCAUAGACAGUUGCUCCAAGCCUCUGAUUAUAAGCCAUCAAGGGAGACGCGUCUCCGUCCUCCACCUUUAGCAGGAGCAGAUGGAGGACAGGCAGCAGGCAGGAGCCGGAUGCGCUCGUAGAGAGCGAGCAGCCAAAUGAAUAGUGAAAGCGGAGGACAUAAAGAAAACGAAAGACAGGCAUUCAGGAAAGAGAGGGAGCCUAAAUCAAGUGGACAAAGGAAGCUGGCUGGUGUCCAUGUGAAGGAGCAGAGCCUGUGGAAAAUGUUUGAAUUUUUAUACUCGCGUAAAUAACGCUGAUGUGCACAUGCUGUAUAUACGGAGACAGUGUCUUCUUUUGCCCUGUGUUUUUGUACGGUGGCGCGUCUGAGAAUGGCGUCAGUGUCGCUUCUUUUUUCUAUGCUCUGUCCCCUCAUUUAGCUGUGUUUUUCAUCAUCAGGUGUGGAUCGUAAUUAAAGUGCAUUUACCACCAGGA